AUGACCAUGAGAAAAAUUUCUUCAAAAUGGAUCCCCAAAUAUCUGAAUGUGGACCAGAAGAAAGCAAAGAUCUGUGUUCCGUUUGAAAAAGAUAAAAACUUCUUAAGCGAUCUUGUUACUUUUGAUGAAACACAGAAACUUUUUUUAGGGGAAGGAGGUGGGUGGGAGGAUCCAUUCGCACGCAGUCCUCCCAGAGGAGUAGUGCUCACAGAUGCAACCAUAGCUCCCUGCCUACCAACUAAAGUCCAUCCCAUAAACCAGACUAAUCAUGCGCCAACCAUGGCGUACACUCGUCCAAAGGACAUGGAUGGGUUUUAUGCCCAUUUGUCAAAACCAGACACAAAAUUUCGACAGCAAGUAGGUACCGAUCUUCUAACUUUUUUGGCUGAGCCAUCGAAUCCUAUUGACUGUCAAGAUAUUGGUCUGUUUGUAGACGGAAUAAUUCCAUGGAUGCAAAGUAGUAAUUAUAAGGGACCAUUUCUCCCUUCCUCGUCGACCCUGACCCUACCUUCCAAUGGGGUUGGUUACCCAAUUGAAGGUUGCUCAGGUUUGCUGGGCUUCACCCGAGCAACUAAACCGGUGAUAGCACACGAAGCGGAAGUAAUAUGUGUCACGAAAAAAGAUGAAGAUAAACUAAGAAUAAUUGAAACAAAAAAUUCAUGA